CCGACCUGGCAACCCUGCUUUUAGUAGCACAGCAGUAGGGGCUGCUGCAACACAAACUUUAUUGAGUCUUUGACAUGCUUUGGGAAUAUAUAUUUUAAUAUAAUGUUACUGCUCUUUGAGUUGUGUGACAAAACCUCGUUUGGAGAACGAUCUGGAGCGAUAUUUUUUGAAUGUAUGUUACUUCACCAAGGCUGACUGAGGGAUGUUUUCAUUAGAGUUGGAAUAAUGUUUGCCAUGGAUAAUGGAGAUAUACCCUGUUCAAGGAAUGUGAAACUGACGAAUGGGAUUAUAAUCAGUCUGUGGAGUGGAUACUGCCGUCAAGGAAGCAGGUGACUGAAGUGGAGACUGACAUAACGGAGGCCCGCUAGGAGGCCCCUCCAUCUCCCCCCCACCACCCUCUCCUCUUCCUCCACCUCCUCCUCCUCCUCCUCCUCCUUCUCCGUGUCCAUCUAUUGCUCUUCCUGCAUCUCUGCUCCCACUAUUCCACCUCCACCCAACCUCAUCAUGGAUCUGAAGGAUCGUAGCCACCGCUCCCUGACCAGGGGCCGCUGCUCCAAAGACUCCCAGUACAACACAUCCUCCCUGGAUGCAGACGAGUGCCGCGUGCCUACCCAGAAGUCCUACAGCUCAAGCGAAACCCUCAAGGCUUUUGACCAUGAGCAGAGGCUGCACUAUGGUGGCUGUGUGACUGACCUGGUUCACCACGAGGCGGAUGAGUACUCCAGGCAAGGGGGGAACUUCACCCUAGCCGAGCUCGGAGUAUGCGAGCCCACUCCACCUCCUCACCCCGCUGCCGUUCCCUACUGUCCCGACCUGGGCCUCCUCCAGAGGGGGUACUCCCUUAGUGCAGGCUCUGAUGCCGACUCAGACCCUGAGGGGCCGCUGACCCCAGAGAGAGCCAUCCAGCUGUGGGCUGAAAGGGGAAGGGUAAAGUCCCGCCGCAGCUCAGGAGUGUCCAGCCGCGAGAACUCAGCGCUCACCCUCACCGACUCGGAGAAUGAAAACAAGUCUGACGACGAAUCAGGGAAGCUUCAUCCUCUGGCAACUUUGUUUAUUACCAACUUCCCAUUUCCUUGUUAAUCCUGACGCAGUCGUAAACCAGCGCUCGAGCCUCGCCGAGGUGUCAAUGGAGGUUAAUGAAAAGUGGAUGGAAGGAAAAGCAACAGUGUAAUUAAUUGAAUUCUCAGCAGCCGCACAUAUCAGCUGUGGAUCAACCUCUGUAGGACUGCGGGCCUCGAAUCAGAGACAACUUCUGUGGACUGAUCAAACUACUCAACACCUAUUAAACACGUCAAGGAACACCUUCGAUGAGACGCGCCUCUCAUCCCAUCACCUGAUAAUUGCUUUGUGGUUAAUUAACAAGCUAAUCUUGCAGCUGCAGAUAUCAGCAACGGACGCCACGCUCGCUCUCUCUGUCUCAGGGCCAGGAAGGAGAACGGCAUUGAGCGCUCUGUCACAAGCAUUUCCAGACCUUGUACAAUUAGCUGCUUAAUCCAGCACUAUAUGUGAUAAUCACUCGCCUGCAGUAUGAUGUCACUGAGUCUGAUUGUUGAGGUGAUCAAAAGUUGUUUUCUUCUCAAGUUUACAGAAGGAAACUUUGUCAAAAAGAGUUAUUCAUGGAUAUUUUUGUGUGACUCACUUCUCUCAUUG